AUGGGGACUUCGUUUCGUUAUGAACACUAAACCGAUAGAUAAUAAGGCUGCUUGACGAAAGGUCGCAACAGAGAAUAGUUUCUUCUCCGACGAACUGCAGACUUGCACGGCGCAAUGUUCUUCGAUUGCGUCUAUACAGAGUUCGCGCCACGAUCUCACUGUCGCCGCCGCCGCCAUCGCGGCGAGCGGACCGUUUCUGCCGGCGCCUCACCGGGCCGCCGGUUGACGCACUUGCCAAAUUUGACGACAUCCCAAAGAAGAAGUCACGUAAAGUGCGGCCAGGUUUGGCGAUAUCGCACAUAAGCUUGUCGCCAACGCGGAAACUGAACCAGCCUUACACCAUGGGUGCUUCUCAGCAUCUCAGCAACGAGGACUUCUUCUCGCAGCUGUCUUCUCUCCUAGAGUCGACGCAAAAGAAGGGUCAUGGCUCCGUUUACCUGACCCAGAAACGAUGUAUAACGUUUAACACAUCGUCUUCAUCGCCGUCCGUCACACCAGCAAAGAUCGCGGAUGAUCCACUAUGGGAUUUGCACCCGCCGAAUCCGCUUCCGCUCAUCGUGCGCGCAACCGAUGGCAAGAGCCACAAGCUUGGCCCGGAAGGAGCCAAGGACCGGACGAAGAAUGCUGGAAAGACUAGAUUGAGUACGAUCGUUCAGCCGGAGAAGAUGGAAGCCUUCUUCGCUCGGUAUGCCGAAGUAUGUAAGGCUGGUAUGCAAAGCUUAAAGAAGAGGGACCGAAGCAAGCGGAAGAAGGACAAAAGCAAGAAGCAGAAGAAGAAGGGUCCCGGUGCCGCUGCAGCUGCGGAUGGGAAGACUUGAACGGUGCAAGCCCAGAUGCUCGAUCGAGGAAAGCACGACAUCUCGCAGCGUGUGGUUCGAGCCUCCAGCAGGCUCAGCGGCGAGGACCGCCACCGAUCAGCUAUCGCACCCACCAGAGGGU